ACGUAAUCGCAUGUCUCCGAUAGUUUAACUUUCAAUGUUGUCUAACAUUCAAUUCAACGAACUUGUAUUUACUUAUUAUUUGUUUUCCGACUCCAUUUCUUUCGCCGAAUUGUGUACACGUGUAACCAAUUGACAUGACCGCGCCGAAAUCGCACUUUCGAAAUUGGCGAUAAGCUAUGGCGCCCCAGAAGCGCAAGAGACUCCAGGACGAACCGCCCCCGCGCCGCACGACUAGGCGACACCCCGAUGAGCCGGAACGUUUGCUUAGGAGCGGGCGCGUACGCGCUGAUGCGAUUGAGAAACAUAAUGCCGUGCGCGCGGAACCACCUGUGAUUAAGAGCGUUGAGAUUGACGCGUCGAAGGCGCCGAGACGACCUGGUAGACCGCCGACGAAGAGAGUGGUCGAGGAAAAGGUUUUGAAGGAGAAUAUACGGCCUUCUGGCUUCGACUACGUCAAUGACGAUGACGAGGAAGAGAUUGAGGAGGUUGAGCUGUUGAAACAUACACCAUCGCCUACACCGCCACCACCACCCUCGGCGCGAACGAGUACAAGCGCCGAGCCGACGCAGACGAAAGUGCUGAAGUCGUCGCUGCAAUUGCAACAGUCUCGUACGACACAAGUUUCCUCGACAGACAAGCUCGUGACCCCGAAACGAACCCCCUCUUCUACGGAUAAACUGUCCAAACCACCGCCGACGCCGCGUUCAGACCGCAAUAUCGAUAAAGUCGUAUUAGGCGAUAUCUGCUUCAAGGCGUGGUACCCAUCGUACUAUGGCAAGGAAGUGCUUGGCGACAUAUCGAACUCUAAUACAAAUGCGGGCGGCAAAGAUAGGCCGGGUGGGAAAGAUAGAGAGGGUGGGGGGAAGAUUGGCGGCAGGAUUGGAGGCGGGAAGAGGAAUCCGCCGCCUAUGCUUGAGAGGCUUUAUGUGUGUCCGUGUUGCUUUAAGUAUAGUCGUGAGUUAGUCAUGUGGUGGGAACAUGUUAGGGCUUGUGAGCGUACGUUUGGGAUGCCGGGGACGAAGGUUUACACGCAUCCUAAGGGGAGGAGGACGGUUAAGGAGGCUGGGGUUGGGGUUGUGGGUGAGGGUGUAGAGAAGGUGAAGGGGAGGGGGAGGAAGAGGAGUGAUGCGGAUGCGACUGCGAGUGUGAAUGUGGAGAAAGUGGUUGUUGAUGAGGGCGAGUGGAGUGUGUGGGAGGUUGAUGGGGAGAAAGAUAGGUUAUUCUGCCAGAACCUGUCCCUGUUCGCGAAGUUAUUCCUAGAUAACAAAUCGGUCUUCUUCGACGUUACGGGGUUUAACUACUUUCUCCUCGUCUAUACCCCUCCACAGCCAUCCGACACGCAAUUGCCUCCGCUCGCAAACAUAGACUUAAACGAGUCCCCUCCUCAACACCAACCUUAUCUUUCCCCGACCAACAAUCCCUCCGAUCCAGAUAAACCACAUUCGCCCGAAAGUAGACCACAGGUGGUUGGCUUCUUCUCGAAGGAAAAGCUUAGCUGGGAUAAUAACAAUCUGGCAUGCAUACUGGUCUUCCCACCGUGGCAGCGCAAGGGGCUCGGCGCCCUGCUCAUGGGCGUCUCGUACGAGAUCUCCCGUCGCGAGGGCAUACUCGGUGGCCCUGAAAAGCCGAUAUCGGAGCUCGGGAGGAAAGGAUAUAAGAGGUUCUGGGCGGGCGAGAUCGCGAGAUGGUUAUUGGGACUUGACUUAUCUCAGCCCCAGAAAAGGGGCGAGGAAGGAGAGGAAGACACAGUCGAGAAGGAAGAGAGUGGAAUAAAUGAAGAGGGAAAAGAAGGGGAAUAUUUAAUCAGCAUCGACCAGUGCUCUAAGGCUACUUGGAUCGUACCUGAGGACUGCCUUGCUGUUCUUAAGGAAAUGGGCGUUGUCGAAGACGCGGGUCCAGGCCUUGCUGAGGUGGAAGUCGAUACCGCCGCGAACCACGGGAAUAUCUCUAGUGACGAGGAGGGCGACGCCGAAGUCAAGGAAGUUAAGACGGUGUCAAGAGUCAGACUCGACAAAGAAGCUGUCCGGCGCUGGGUUGAUGCCAAUAAGAUCGACCUUACGCGGGCAUGUGAUCCGGACGGGUUUAUCGAGGGGUAUGCCAUUGGUAAAAUCGAGGAUGAGGAGGUGGAUGAAGCAUAAACAUAGGGGAGAGAUGUCAUUGAGAUAUGGUGAUAGAUACUGCUGAGAUACCCUGAUACCCUUGUUGCCUUACACUUGAGCGGUUUGAUUUGCUUGAUGCCUAUGAAAGUUAAAUUUAAUAAUUAGUGAAGCUUUUUUACUCGUGUAUGGUGCUUGGC